AUGAAGGAAGCUGACCUGGAACGACAGACUCUCACUCUCCCCAAGCCAUUGGUCGAGUUUGCCAACCGUCCUAUGAUCCUCCACCAGGUCGAGAGCUUGGCUGCUGCUGGUGUCACUGAUAUCGUCCUCGCGGUCAACUACCGCCCAGAUGUCAUGGUUUCGGCCCUCAAGAAGGUAGCUUCCCCUCAAUUUCUCUCUCUCCUUGACGGUGAUGCAAAAGGGGCUAACAUGAACCGCAGCACCGCCGGUCCCCUUAAGCUUGCCGAGAAGAUCCUGGGCAAGGAUGACUCGCCCUUCUUCGUCCUCAACUCGGACGUCAUCUGCGAAUACCCCUUCCAGGCCCUUGCAGACUUCCACAAGGCCCACGGCGACGAGGGCACCAUUGUCGUCACCAAGGUCGAGGAACCCUCCAAGUACGGUGUCGUAGUUCACAAGCCAAACCACCCUUCCCGCAUCGACCGCUUCGUCGAGAAGCCAGUCGAGUUCGUCGGCAACCGCAUCAACGCCGGCAUCUACAUCCUCAACCCCAGCGUUCUCAAGCGCAUCGAGCUUCGCCCAACCUCCAUUGAACAAGAGACCUUCCCUGCCAUAUGCAAGGACGGCCAGCUGCACUCCUUUGACCUUGAGGGUUUCUGGAUGGACGUCGGCCAGCCCAAGGACUUCCUCAGUGGAACCUGUCUCUACCUCACCUCUCUCACCAAGCAGGGCUCCAAGCUGCUCGCCUCCCCCAGCGAGCCCUAUGUCCACGGCGGAAACGUCCUCGUCGACCCCUCCGCGAAGAUUGGCAAGAACUGCCGUAUUGGUCCCAACGUGACUAUCGGACCCAACGUCGUCAUUGGCGAUGGCGUCCGUCUCCAGAGAUGCGUCCUGCUCGCUAACAGCAAGGUCAAGGACCACGCCUGGGUCAAGUCCAGCAUCAUCGGCUGGAACAGCUCCGUCGGCCGCUGGGCUCGUCUCGAGAACGUCUCGGUCCUGGGUGAUGACGUGACUAUCGGUGAUGAGGUCUACGUCAACGGUGGCUCUAUCCUCCCUCACAAGAGCAUCAAGCAGAACGUCGACUCUCUGUUUACAUGUCUAACUAACCUGUCUAGCUCCUUCAAUCAUUAUAUCGGAUGGAUGGGUGCUUUUUCUUCCUCCUCCGGUCUUCUCUUCCACUUGCUUUCUUCUUCUUCUUUCUUCUUGCUCCUUGAUGGCUCACUUCUUUUGCUAACCUACCCUUCUUUGCUCUUUUAA